GAUAUUUUUAAUAAAUUUUUGUUAUGUUUUUAAUUAUUGCUGAUGCUAAUUGUUUUAAAUUAUUAUUAUUUACAAAAGUUCGUUCGGCUGAACAUGAAUAAAAUGCGGCCACGUAUAAAAUCCUAAAUGGUUUGUGAAGUUUCUAAAAACCAAUUUUUCAGCCGAUCUUUGGUCUCAGUUAUGCAAAUAUUUGCAAAUCAAAAGCAUAGCAGUGUAUUUUUUAGCAAUCUUUUGAGGAUGUAGUACAGAUAAUUUUUUUAAAAUGACUGAUUACGAUAAGAAAUUCGAAGAAGACUUGGAAAAAGCCCAGGCCCUUAGCUUGGAGUCGUUGGCUUUGGAACAAUUCAAGAAUAAAAGAUUGCAAGAGCUAAGUAACAAUGCCAGUAACGGACAAAGUAAAAAAACACCUUCAGUCACACGUGCGUCUUCUAUGACGGAAACUGAUUCUCAUACAAAAUAUGAAAGACAGUGGAGUAAAUCCAGACCACGGCCUGGAACGUCAACUGGAGCCACUCCCAAUCCUCUCAUAGCUCCUCCGCCGUCUUCUCAGAGGAAGAACAGUAAUGCCACUGAAACUGAGGAUUUGAUCUCAUUUUCUAGUCCUCCUGCGAGUAAUACGAAUAUUAUUGAAUUUUGUAAUCAGCAAAAUUACAACACAAACAAUCAACUUGUACGUGUUUCUACACCCACUGUGAUACAGCAAUCAUCCGCGAUGCACCCUUAUUGGCAACAGCAUAUGGGUCCUUCUAGGUACCCGACAAUGCCUCCCGGUUAUCCGGGUCCGAGUGGUUAUCCUCAUAAUCUGUAUAACUAUCGUCCGCCCGGUUCUGUGUAUUACCCUCCGGGAAAUAUGGGAUAUUAUCCGCCUCAAAUGCCGAACACGCCAAUGAUUUAUCCGCGUUUACCGUCAGGGCCCGCCGUUAAUGUGGCCAGUAUCGGAUUUAAAACAGGUAUUACAGGAAGUUAUCCGGAUAAUAGUAUGCCUCCUCCACCACCGCCUGUUAUGGGUGGGUAUGCUCCAGAGCCUCCGCCCGCUUUACCGCCUAAAAAUCAAAAACGAGAGCCGCCCCCUCACGCCACUUUACCUCCGAAAUCGUCUGCGGCAUAUUCAAAAACUGCACCGAGCUCUUCAAAAAGCACUGUUAAGAGCGAGAAAGUACAGAAUAGUGAGAAUAGUAAUUCGAAUAAUCUUAUUGAUUUAGCACAAAUUGAUGAUAAGAAUAGCGUUAGAGUGAGCAUAUUGCAAGAAUUUGAUCCUAUUUUAUCUGAUUCGCAGAGUUUUUAUGGGAGCUAUUAUGGAAGAACAACCAGUCCAGAUUAUUGUGGCGACGAUACCCUUUCGGUGUCAGGUAGUGUCUAUGAUGAGUACUACGAUUACGACUUCAUCUACUCAGGCUCUGGAAAUAAUAGUAUAUCAGGAAACACUGGCGUAUCAGAACCGAUUUAUGCCUCGUUGAAUGCCAGUUUAAGUAAGUUGAUAGCGGAAAGCUCGCCGCAUUCUCCAACUCCACCGCUACCACCAAGAGCGCGCAUGUCUACCAUCGAUAGAAAUUUAUCGAAAAUAUCAGAGCACAACCUCUUAAAUGAUGUUGUUCAAAACGACGAAAAAGCUUUAGCCAGAGAUCCAGAUUUAAAAGCCUUCUACAACAUGGUUUACCGCGUAAGAAAUAAUUACAAAUAUAACGAUCCGGAUAGCAAUAUGGGCUUGGUAAUAAGCCCGAUGGUCAAUUACAAAUACAAUGACGGGCUGAGCAUAAAGUUAAGAGUACAUCCAGAUUUUGAAGGAGCGGAAUUCGAUAAAGCGGUCACGUUUACUUGCGAUGUCACUUCCAGCGUUGAACACAUAACUUUACAGCUAGUGUGUGAUAUUGAAGCCCCUACGCAUCAAAAUUAUACACUGAAAGUUUGGGGGUUUAAUGAAUAUCUUGUUCCUACUACACUGUUAUCUGAUUAUGAGUAUGUGCAUAAUUGUAUCAAAUUAGACGACGAUGUUGUUCUGGUUCUUAUACCUGAUUCGAUGAGGGAUAAAUCAUUUGCCAGAACGGUUCAAGAUGACUGUAGGGAUAGAGAAAUUACUUUUGAAAAAGUUGUGCCAAGUGAAACAGUAUCGCAUAUUACUUUUGAUAGUCUGAAAAUUCUUUUAGAAACUGUUGAAAAUGAAAUUAGCAAACUGGAGGAUCAAGCAACCGAAAUGGAAAGAAUCAAUAAUUAUUCUGGAGCGCCUCCCCUGCAGCCCUUAAAAGUGUCACAGUCAGUUAAAUGUAUAGUGAACCUGAUGGGCGAAUUGUGUACGUUAGAUAUAAUGCAAACUGUUGAAGGUUUAAAUGAAUCUUGCAAGGCAUUUAGUCCUUCUAGAAAUGAUAGUUUUUCCCAUAAUAUUAAAAAUAAUUGCAAUAAAGUGAGAUUAUCUGUAAAAAAUUUGAUAGACAUGUACUGCCAAACGUUUUCAGUAAAUUUUGAAGUUGUUUCUUCUGCAUUGGCGGAACAAUCCCGAAAUGUUGGUGAUGUAUUAGAUUCAGUUAUAGUACGUAUAUGUGCCAUUUAUCGACCAAAUGUAAAAUGGGAACACGAAUCUUAUUAUAUAUCAGGACAAAUAUAUCAUGGAACUAGGAAAAUAAGUAAGCCAAUUUUUACGCAGGCUUGUGGAAAGACUGAAAGAGAUAAAAUGUGGCCUUCUAGGAUAGUUUUUGAUAGUUGGUUAGAAUUUGAAGAUGUCCCUAUCAGCAACUUAGCAAGGGAGUCUAGAUUAGUUUUGCAAGUAUUUGGAAGAACCUUAGAUACAACUGAAACUGAGGAAUCAAAAAAUUCAAAUAUGCCAAGGUAUAAGGAGGAAGAAAUUGGGUGGGCUGCAAUACAGUUUUUCGAUUAUGAAGGAGUCAUGAUUCAAGGAAGUUCUCUUUUAUCUGUUUGGCCUCGUGAAUCAAAUCUAAUAAAUGAUCAUAUUUAUGGACCUGCUCCGGCGAUGGGAUCUCAUCCUCAGAACGAUCAUCCCAUGAUAGGGAUUGAAGUAACACCACCAUCAAAAGUAGUAUUUCCAAAAAUUGAGUCUAAUCUAGUUAAGAAUGUAACUCAUGGUGAUUUCUCUAGUUUAGAUAAAGAUACUCAAGAACUUUUAACAGAUGCAUGCGAACAAGAUAUGUUAUAUAAAUUUCCACCAGAAAUAAGAGAAAUUUUGUGGGAGAAGCGGCAUUAUUUGAAUCACAUGUCACAAGCUUUGCCAAAAGUACUAUUGGCAGCUCACAGUUGGGCAUACACAAACUUACCAGAUCUACAUGGAAUGUUACAUACAUGGAAAAAAUUAGAGCCUAGACAAGCAUUGGAACUGCUACUACCAGUAUAUCCGGAUAUUGAAGUACGGAAAAUGUCAGUUAAAUGGCUAGUCAAUUUCUCAAAUGACGAACUCGUAGAUUACUUACCUCAACUUAUAGUUGCUCUAAGACAUGAAACAUACGAGAACUCUCCAUUGGCUGAAUUUAUGUUGCAUCGAGCUUUAAGAUCCCCAAGAUUUGCACAUUAUUUAUUUUGGUUACUCAGCCACAACUUACCUGGGUCUAUACCGCAAAAUGGAAAUAUGGAUAUGAAAGACAAUAAAAAUGAUUUGUACGAUUCAAGUAUAAGUGAAGUAAGGCACCAUCGAAGAAUGAAGCUAUUGCUACGCGCCCUUCUGGCAAUUUGUGGUGAAUCUCUCCGAACAUGCUUCUUGUCCCAACAAUUUUUAGUCAAGCAUUUGAACGAUACUGCGGAAAAUGUGCAAAAAGCCAAAGAUUCACAAAAAAUUGUUCAUUUGCACCGGGAUCUGGAAACGAUUAAUGUUCAUCUCAGUGAAAAUCCAACCAGCUUACCACUAUCUCCUACACUAAGAGUUAAUGCGAUUGAUGUCAAAAGCUGUUCGUAUUUUGCAUCGAACACCCUCCCUCUAAAAAUCAACUUCAUUAUGGAAGACAGCUCAAUUUAUCCGGCCAUCUACAAAAUCGGAGAUGACUUACAGCAAGAUAUGUUAACCCUUCAAAUGAUCCGUUUAAUGGACAAACUUUGGCUGCACGAGGGCCUGGAUUUGAAAAUGGUUGCUUUCAAUUGUAUACCUACUUCAAAAAGAAAAGGUAUGAUUGAAAUGGUAACUAAAUCGGAAACUUUGAGAAAAAUACAAGUUGAACACGGAUUAACUGGUUCUUUUAAAGACAAACCCAUUGCCGAGUGGUUGGCAAAACAUAAUCCUUCUGAGCUUGAGUAUAGUAGAGCAGUUCAGAAUUUUACUGCUUCUUGUGCUGGCUACUGCGUUGUUACAUACAUAAUGGGAAUUGGUGAUAGACACAAUGACAAUAUAAUGUUGAAAACUUCUGGCCAUCUAUUUCAUAUCGACUUUGGCAAGUUCCUAGGAGAUGCGCAAAUGUUUGGAAACUUCAAAAGGGACCGAGCACCGUUCGUACUGACAUCUGAUAUGGCUUAUGUGAUAAACGGUGGUGAUCGACCCACAGAGAAAUUUCAUCAGUUUGUAGAUUUAUGCUGCACAGCUUUCAAUAUUAUUAGAAAUAAUAGGAACAUGUUUUUGUUCUUGAUGACGUCGUCUGGUAUCUGUAGUAUAACUCCUGAAUCCAUAGGUUACAUGCACAGAGCUUUGCUUCCAGAAAUGUCAAAUCCGGAGGCGGCCGCACAUUUCACAAGACUCAUUGAAGAAUCUCUCAAGACUAAGUUUACGCAGUUCAACUUUUUCCUUCAUAAUCUCGCUCAAAACUUGGCUCAAUUGAAGUUCACUGGAGAUAAUCAAAGUGGCUCUUUGUUGUCAUUUGUGCCAAAAACUUACAGUGUCAGUACAGAUGGUCGGCUAACGCACGUAGAAGUGGCCGGAUACAGGAAACGAUAUGAUCCCGAUAAAUAUUACGUUUACGUUCUGCGAGUAUACAGAGAGGGCCAGAAUCAGCCAAUGGAAAUUCAGAGAACUUACAAAGAAUUCUGCGAGCUGCAUGAGAAACUGUGUUUGCAUUUUCCUUUGGCUAAAUUGCACAGUUUAUCUACAGGAUUGCACAUGGGCAGGCAAAACAUCAAACAAGUAGCCCAAAAGAGAUACCAAGAAAUCAGCUUAUUUAUCACCUCUCUAUUCUUGUGCGCUCAGGAAAUUGCCCAUUCUGAUUUAGUCUACACCUUUUUCCAUCCUUUAUUGAGAGACCAGCAAGAGGAUGAUAUCGCACGACAAAUUUUCGACAAACAAACAGACGCUGAAGAGUCUGGCAGAUUGAAGGGACAAUUGAAGCUUUCGCUUGUAUACACAAAAGGAGUGUUCACUGUAAUGGUACAACAUGCACGAGGUUUGCCCAAAUUGAACGGUCAAGAACCUUCGACUUAUGUCAAAGUUUACUUACAACCAGACGCGCACAAAAGUACUAAAAGAAAAACUAAAGUGGUUAAAAAAAAUUGUCAUCCUAGUUUUAUGGAAAUGCUUGAAUACAGAAUGGCACUAGACUUAAUCAAAACUAGAAUGUUGAAAGCCACUCUUUGGAACUACGAUCCUCUGCAAGAAAAUCAAUUUAUGGGUGGUGUGGAAUUGGAUUUGGCUACUUUAGAUUUGUCAAAUAAUAUAACUGAAUGGUAUCCCUUGGUAAAUUUGAGUAGAUAGUAGAAAAGUUACUUUGGGAUCACUUUAUUAUUCAAUUAAAAAAAUAGCUUUUAUUUAUACCAAAAAUUAUUAAUUUCUUGGGCUAUAUUAAAUUUAUGUAAAAACUGAGAUUAAUCCGUGUAUGCAUAUUUGAAGACAAUUUUGCAGCUAACAUACUGGUUGAAAUUUUACACAUUCCCAAAUAAAAUAUCUGCCAAAAUAUUUGAAAAAAAAAUAUUAAUUUUGAUUGUAAAAAGAAUAGACAUUGCAUGCCAAAGUAUUGUAUUAUUAGGUUGAUAGAUUUUAUAGUAUUUUUCUAAUUUUUCUAUUGAAAUAUUUUAUUAUUGAGAUGUCAUGGUUUUGCUGGGGAUGGUUUAUUUUAAAUAUUCGCAUUAAUGGAUAUUAUUAAAUGUAACCCAUACAAAAAGAUGCCACUGAAAUGUUUCACUCAGUCCUUUUUUUUAACUUUAUAUUGUCUAAAUACUUUUGGCAUAUAAUUUGUUCAAAAAUGCAUCUCAUUGCUUUAUUUUUCUACUAAAAAUAUAUUAAUUUAAUGUUAAAACUAUUCACAUCUGAUCUGAUUAUUGUAAAACGGAAUCUGUUGCAUGGAGGACCUCAAUGCCCAGAGUCCAGAGUGUAAGAAGACUUUAUAGCUGAAAAAAAUAAAUAGUUGAUAGUUUUUGUC